UAGAGAUGGCGGUCGUUAGGAUACAUCAAUUCAAACAAUUGUCCAUGUAUGAAAGUAACUUCACCAGAGCUUAGGAAACCAUAAGAUACAGCAUCUGAGUACAGCACAGAAUUAAGAAAAGACAAAUCGAAGAGGGUUGAAGAUGGGAAAGCUAACAACCAUGCCAGCAAGUCUGAUAUAUGCAUGUAUAAGUGUACGUGUGUCCAGAGAAGAGGAAUACAAAAAGAAGCUAAUAAGACCAGACCAGCUUCCCAUAUAUGCUACACCACCUCUUCAGUCUAAAUAUGUUGAAGAGCAGCCUGGUCAUUUACAGAUGGGCUUUGCAUCCAUCCGCACUACAACUGGUCAUUACAUUGGCUGGUGCAAGGGUGUUUAUGUCUUUGUGAAAAAUGGAAUAAUGGAUACAGUACAGAUUGGAAAAGAUGCAUAUGUCUAUCUGAAGAAUCCUCCUCGAGAUUUUCUUCCAAAAAUGGGUGUGAUUACAAUUUCAGGAUUGGCAGGCUUGGUUUCAGCAAGAAAAGGUUCUGGGUUUAAAAAGGUUGCUUAUCCACUAGGACUGGCCACUUUAGGAGCAACUGUUUGCUAUCCAGUUCAGUCAGUAAUAAUUGCAAAGGUAACUGGAAAAAAGGCAUAUGCUACUAGCCAGCAAAUUUAUGAAGCAUUUAAAUCCUUAUGGACAAAAAGCAACAAAAAGGAAUCACUCCCUGAACCUAAGGAAAGAAAUAAGCUAGGCAACUCUGAUGAAAUACCUGCAAAAACAACUCACGUCCAGAAACAUUCAGUGCCUUUGCCAACAGAACUCAGCCCUGAAACAAAGACCAAAUCAGAAUCUGUCUCAGGUGCUACACAAUUUAUGCCUGACCCCAAGCUCAUGGAUCACGGGCAGUCCCAUCCAGAAGAUGUAGAUAUGUACAGCACUAGAAGCUGAAAUAGACUGCAUAGAGAGACUGCAUAGAGAACUACAAGAUGUGUGAAAUUGCAAAUAGUGAUGAAAAAUCAUAUAAUGGGUAACGAACAAGUAGAGUAUGACUUUAAUCAGGUUUUUUUCUUGACAUCUUAAAAUGUACAGUUUGACCAAUCACAUAAAUGAUUAAAACACAAACUCUUGAGUGCAAUCAAAAUAAUAUUAAAUGAAUGAUUGAAGCAACACAGAAAUAUGAGGAUGCAUUUGAUGAUUUGUAAGGACUUUUAUUAGAAAGCAAACCACAGUAAAGGUAUGAUUACCAUUGACACAAAAAUCUAAAAAUAUGUGUAUAUAAAAAUAUAUGCACAUAUUUAUACAUAUAUGUGUAUACAUAUAUAUAUGUGUGUGUGUACACACAUCUCUAGAUUUUUCAAAUUAAUGUCAGUUAAAUUAGAAUGGUAUGUGGAAGGAUGUGUUCCCUCCCUACCUCCCCCUCCCUCCCUCUCCCUCCCUACCUCCCCCUCCCUCCCUCUCCCUCCCUCUCUCUCCCUCUCUCUCCCUCUCUUUCCCCUCUCUCUCCCUCUCUCUCCCUCUCUCUCCUCUCUCUCCUCUCUCUCCCUCUCUCUCCCCCUCCCUCUCUCCCUCCCUCUCUUUCUCUCUCUCUCUUCAUUUCUGAGACCUGGAAUAAAAUAUCUAUAUUUCAUGACACAGUUCUUUUGGCUUUGUCUUUUUGUUUUAUUAAGGUUAAAUUCUCUUAAAUGUCUGAAGAUGUCUCUCUAUAAAAGGACCAUAUCCUUCACAGGCCCCUUAAUGCUACUUAGCAAUCCUUCUACUGGUCCCUGGGCAGUUUACUUUUCUGUUCUUGAGAAGUAUUAAAAACCUUUUAUUAUUCUCAAGCCUCCUAUACCAUCAAAGUUGACUGCAUUUCCUAUUUCAUAGAGCAUAAAAUAUAUUACUAGACAUAACCAUUUCCAACUACUUUCCAUCUGCCUUGCAGGUUUUACCUUUUUUCAGCCAUGAAUCCCCUUUCCUAAAGCUGAUGCUUCUAUUUGUGUUCCUGAUCUCAUUCCUUCCUGUCUUUAACUAGAACCAUAUGCCAUUCUGUUGAAUCUCCAGUCUUUGUUUUCUCUUUCCUCUCAAUUCUUUUCCUCAGCCUCUAAAAAUAUUUAGCUCUUCUUUAUCCAAAAGGAAUAAAAACAAAGAAAUUUUCUUAACUCUACCUUUUCUAUGAAACUUUCUUUUCUUGAACUCCUUUCUGUUAUUUCCAUACUUUUUAAUGUGUAAUUAAAGUCCCUUUCUGAAUUCCCCACCUUCAAUUUUUUUAUAACUUACAACAUCCUGAACUCUAUACCAACAUGAAUUUUUAUGCAAUUAGACUUCACCACUCCAUCUUUGAAACUCACUUCUCCUUUUGCUUCUUGUUUUUCCUGCUGCUCUUUCUUUAUUCUUAUUUUCUUGCUCUAAAUUCCUUAAAUGUUAAAACUCCUCAAUCUGCAUCCCUUAUGAUCUUUUUUCAUUCUAUAUGCCCUCUCAUUUUCAUUCAACCAACUUCAUUGACUUCUUUCAUAGUUCAGCUGUCAUGUAUCUCCAGUGUUGUAGACCAAUAUUUCUAAUUAUUUAUUAGUUUGUAGAUCCAUAUUACUAAUUAUUUUUAGUUAUAUCCACCUAACAUCCCAAAGAUAUUCCAACAUAGUUAUAGGUCAGUAUACCUAAAAAUAAAUUGUGUCUGUCGCCUUCUCCUUAUUUCUUGUUAAAUUUGUUCUACCUUUGUUAUUUUCUAAUCCUAUCAUUGCUCUCAUGCAGGUCUUCAUCAUUGAUCUCCUGGGUUAUCAGAGUAGCUUCCUGGUUUAUCUGCUCACUAUCAGUCUGUUCUGCUUUCAAGUUAACCAGCUAGCAGGAGCUUAAACAAAUAUCUACUUAAAGCCUGGAAUUGAGCAAUAUAGGGUUGGUACAGUGGUUCAUUAGUGCCAAUCUUCUCUUCCUUCUUCCUAUUCACCUACUACCAGUAAAUGUUCUAUUGUAUUCAUUGAUGAAUAUGCUGUGUAAUUUAUACCUCAGUAUUUUCUGCCUUUGUGAAUGUUUCCUCUUCGAAUGCUCUUCUGUUUCAUCUUGCUCGACAUUCUAACUCUGUACCCAUCCUCCAAAUCCAAUACCAGUGUCUCCUUUCUCAAUUCUCCAAGGUAGGAUUUCAAUGUUCUUUUUCUACAUUCCAAAGUACUUGGUAUUUAUAGAUAUAAUAGCCCACCCCAUUUGUUAUUAGUAGUAUUUUCUCAUAGACAAGGCUUCUUGUGGGUGUGGCUGAAUUUUUCUUCUAUGCCCAUGAAAUGCCUAAUACAUAGAACUCUCAUAUACUGCCAUGCUGGUUGUUGCUAGUUACAGGAUAACAAUAAUUAUAAUUCAGUAAAGAACUUAUACUCUAUCAGGAAGGAAAGAAACAUACAAAUAAGAAUGUUAUAUGUGAUAUCUGCCCUAAUGUAUGUACAACCAAAAAGCUAUAGGUGCUUAGAGAUGAAAUGUAAUUCUGGGAUAAUGUCUAGGAGGUAGUGAUGCUUAAAGCUUAAAACUUCUCAAAGACUCAGUUCAUUUGCUAGUUUUUCACAAGAAAGCUCUUUAGGAUUUAAUGUCAGUAUGUGAAAUGAAUAUUUUAGCCUGCUCUUUCUAUUCAGAAGGACCUUUAUUUCAUCAAAUGUAAAACACAUCAUAGAACUUUAAGAAGAAAAAAAUGCCAGUUGAUAAUUACACUAUUCCAAUUUCAAAUAUGUUAAAAUGUGAAAAAAUUAGCAUUAUAAAUUUGAUGAAAUAUGGUACGUUAAUAAUAAAUAUGCCAAAACCAAGCAUAAGUGAUUUUGAAAUCACUUGUUCGUUUGGAUUAUCAGCACUGCUUCUAACCAUUAUUAUAUUACUUUGGAUAAAGGAUAGUUAACUGUAUCUGCAAAAUCUGUUUCAAAGUAAAAGAUUUGCUCAAACAAGAAUAUUAUCAUUUGUUGUAUUUUACAACAUUCAAAGUCAAACUGCUGUUUGACUCAGGUGACAUUCAGAUGUUGGAGCCUAUGUUGGGAUGAGUUGUUAUGAGGCCACUUUCAUUCUUCUUCUGCCAUGUCCAUGAGUUCUUCUCUGUUAAACCUGAAUAAAUGCCAGCCCUCUUCAGAAGAAAGGUCUAAAGCCCCUCGACUUGUGUAAUACUCAAUAGAAGCCUGGUUCCAAAUGACAACAAGAAAGUGCAUGCAGUUACAUUGGCUCAUGAUGGCUAUCUGUUUAAAAACAAAUAAACAAAGAUUACUUUUAUUUGAAAUAUAGUAUUCAUUAACAUUAUUUUAUUGAAGGUCCACUAUAUGCAAGACAUUAUAUGUGCAUAAUAUUUGGAAAUAAGAAUAUAAGCAUUAUCUUUUGGACUUCUGUACAGCUAUAAAAAGAAAAAACUUCCACUUUUUGAAGCAUUACAACCCCUCUCUUCAAAAGCCGCAAAUUGAUUGCAGAGUCUUUGUUCUGUAGAAAAAGUUACCUAACAACACACAUAUUCUCAUAUCUAUUUGCAAAAUGAAAAAGUUUGUUUUAUAUUGUUGUCAUUCACAUUGCAGACAUUUUGUGGGUAAAGUUGCCUCCUUCUAAUCUCUAUCAUGCUUACUUCUACUUGAUAACAAAAAAGGUUUAUGGUGUGGUUGUGGAUUACAUAGAAAUCAAAUUUAAUUAAAUAUAACUCAUGUAACUUUUUAAGUAUUCAAUUUGAAAAUCCAGUUUAAUUCAGAUAAAAACGUGAAGUACAUUAGGUUUAUGUUUAAGUACUGAAAUUAAUUUCCUAAUUUGUGCCAUGUUAAGUAAUAUUUGAAGAAGAAAAGGAUAACGUUUGGAACAUUAGUACUAAUUAUAAUACAUACCUGACUUAGCCUCUUCAGCAUUUGAGCUCCAAUACCUAGGCCUGUUAAAUAGAUAAUGCCAAAUGAAAACCAUAAGAUGAAAAAUUCCACUUACCUUUAGUUUAAAAGGGAUAAAAUAUAAAACCGUAUUAUCAGGUUGUUACAUAUUCUUAAGAGUGUAUAUUGAAACUCAACUCAUGAACGUAUAUUAUAUCUCUUUUUUGUAAUUGGAUUGUGGUACCAAAGUUAAUGUAAGAGAGUUUAGGAUUAUUUUAAAGAUCAGUGAAGAAGAAACAAGUCUCUGUCACCAUUGUUUUAUAACAGGCCGUUUUUCUAAUCUAUGAAUACUAAAAACCAAUCUAAAAUUUAUUGUUUUUAAAAAUAAAAGCAUAGCUAUGAUAACAUGGCUUAUUCAAACAUUAAUGCACACUAAUAAAAUGGUUUUCUUAUU